AUUAAAUUGUCUCAAAAAAAAAACUACAAGCAAAAAAAUGAUAAUUGGUGAGCAGCGCUUAAGUGAAAAUAAUUAUUAUGGUGAAACAUCAAAUCAAUUGGAUGGACUUAAAAGAAAAAUAAAUACUGAAAAUGAGAGUAGAAAUGUGAAUAACAGUUACAGCGGUCGACCUGGGAUUUUUAAAAAUUUCAGUUCAAAUAAAAUGCAUUUUGUGGAAAGUCUUACUGCAGAAACGUAUAGCACAUAUCAAAACAGCGACCAGAUACACCAAGAUGGUGAUCAAAGCUACAUUAAUUUGACAGUUUUAACACCUACAUUAAUACAAUAUGAUAAAGUUACAAUCGGUUGUCGACCAGAAGAAGAGUCUGAGCAUUUUAACCAAAUCAAUAUCACAAAGUUUCAAGAAAAUAACGAAAUAAGUUUGAAAUCUAAACCAAAGGAUGAAAAGUACGAAGUCAAAAAUUAUCAACAAUCAGAUAAUUUGGAGGAUAAUGAAGACAAAAAUCUAUCGUGGCUGUUCAAUUUUAAGCUCGACGAAAUUGCCAAUUUAUCACCGGAAAUUAAAAGGAAACGAUCCAGUCAUCAACAUCACCAAAACCACCAAGUAGAAAAUCAUAAUCAUAGUUAUUAUCAAAAUAAUAAUAGCAACAAUUCUACAUUACAACAAAAUCAAAAUGAUGAAAACAAUAUCCAGCGAACUUUGAAAGAUCCAUGUAUCGAAGAUGAUUUGAAUGUGGCUGAAAAUAUCAUAAUUUGUAAUACACCGCCGACAUUUACUUUACACACGCCAAAAAAGCCACCGUUUACAUAUACUGAACUAAUUGAGUAUGCGUUGGAAGACAAAGGAGAAUUAACAGUUUCCGGGAUUUAUCAGUGGAUCUCGGAUCGAUUUCCAUAUUAUAAAUCAAAUGACGACCGGUGGAAAAAUUCAGUUCGGCAUAAUUUGUCAAUAAAUCCUCAUUUUCGGAAGGGAAAUAAAGCAAAAGCAGGUGCAGGACACUUGUGGAAAAUAUCUAGUCGUGAAUCUGAAGCGAAUUUUCUUGCUUGGGAGCAUAAGAAGCAACGUCUUGAUCUUUUUUUUAAAAUGGAAGCAGCUAAUCAGCUUAAAGUUCAAAAUUCUUUACAUCGUAAGGUAGACGAUGAAACAAAUUUAAAUAAGCAUUCUGAAUAUGUCUGUUCACAAAAUUAUGAUGCAGAAUUAAAUGCGGCAACAGCUUCAAUUAUAAAACUUCCUUUAGAGACUUGUUCGCCAAUUAUUGCAAAAUAUGUUGAUACGGACUCACCUGUAAGUAGUCAAUAUUAUCAAUUUCAAGAAAUUUUACCAACUUCACAACAUCAGCAAACAGAUGAGCUAAGAAAGACGGCAGGUGAAAUAUUAAAUGGCGUUCGACGAAAUGUAGAAGUUCAAAUAAUGCAUCCAAGUGACCUUCAGUCAUAUUCAAUUUUGAAUACAGAAGAUUAUCUCAACCCAAUUUCAAAGGAAGAAAUAAUGCAGGAAAGUGGACUUGGAAGGCGUCAUGAUGAAUUCUAUUUGAUCGAUCCGACAAUUGUUAAUGGAUCAGAAGAACCUACAGAAGUGUUUGAAAUCUUUCAUGAAGACUUUAAUCUGAAUUAUUUUGGAAAUAAUAUGAUUGCAUGACGAAAAAUUGAAGAAGUAAAGCAAUUUUAUAUUAAAAUUAAUUAAAUUAGUCAACAAAAGAAUUGAUAGAUUAUAAAUUUUUAACACACGGAAAUUUUAAAGCACAUUUGAUUAUAAAAAUUACUUAAAUUUCCUAUUUAUAAAUUUUGAACUUAUUUACAAUUUUUAUCAAGAAUAGAAAAAAAAUUUAAAACACGUAAUGUAGAUAAAAGAUUUUAG